AUGGUCGAAAGGAUUGAAGAUUUAAAUCUACCAAACACGUCGGUUACCAGGCUGAUCAAGGAAGCCAUACCGGCCGAUGUGAAGGUAUCGAGCGAAUGUCGCAUCGCGUUGGCCAGAGCAACAUCGGUAUUCGUACUGUAUCUCACCUCGACAGCCACGACCGCGGCCCAGCAAAAGAAUCACAAAUCCCUUUCUGCCGACCACGUGCUGAAAGGUCUGGAGGAAAUUGAAUUCGAAAGCUUCAUUCAACCGCUAAAAGCCGAACUAGAGAAUUUUAGAAAGAUGAUUAAAUCGAAAAAAGAUAAGAAAGCCGCCAAACCUGACCCGGACACUACAGUGGAGGGUGCCGUCAUUGAUCUGGAAAAUUUGGAAAACAUGCAAAACUCAUAA